GGCUGGCGCUGCUGGCGCUCGCCCUGGCGGCGGGGGGGGCCCUCGCGAGGUGGUUCGUGGCGCCUUCGCGCCGAUCGUCCGUCGAGGAGGACGUGAUCUGGCCGCUGCACCUCGCGAGCGCGCCCGCGUCGCUGGCCAUCGCGGCCUGGUGCGUCUGGGCGCGCGGGCGCUUCGAGGGCGGCUCGCCGCUGCACGCGGGGGCGCUGCGCUUCGCGGUGUGCGCCGCGCUCCACGGGGCGAGCCUGCUGGCUUUUCCGGAGCUCACGCUGGAGCCCCCCGUGCAUUUUUUGACCUACUACGCCACCGUCUUCGUGCAGUGGCACCUCCUGGUCCUGAAGCUCUGCGCGCUGGGGCGGUCCCGCCUCGCCGCGGCGGCCCGGGCGACCCUCUGGGGGGGCGUGGCUAGCGCGGCGGGCUGCUGCCUCAGUGCGGGCCACAGGCCUCUUUGCAUCUUCCUGCUCCACGUUUUCCAGGGCGCGGGGUCCUGCUGCGCGGCGUGGGGGCACCUGGUUGGCGCGUGGCAGGGCUGGCGCUCCCGGCGCGCGGGGGCGGCCCGGGCGGCCGGGUGGGUGGGCACCGCGGGCGUCGCGGUCCUGCUGUCCUUGGCCGCCUCGUACGCGCAGCUGGGCUUUUUCGUACGCGCAGCUAUGUCGUCGCACCUGAGCUUUCUCCCUUGGGCCGCCGCGUGGGCGUGCGACAACGUGCUCAACUGCCUCUCCGUCGUGCUUCUCUCGGGGCUGGUGGGCCCCCCCUGGUUGCGGCGGCUGGCGCAAGAGGCUUUCGGGAAGGUCAACUCGUACAAGCACGGCGAGCUGCAGGCGUUCUACGAGGAGUACCUGGCCUACCUCGACGAGGCGCAGGUGAAGUGGGUCAAGUGCGGCUACCUCAGGUGCCCCCUGAGGAGGCGUUUGUCGGCAGCAUGGGCUUCCCGCGAGCCAGAGGAGAGAACCUUGUCGAGCACAGAUUCGUUCUGUCGCACCCCUGGCUGUCGAAGAGCCACCGUGACCCCAAAGGGAGGAAGCUGCAAGUCCUGGUGCAGCAGCUGCAGAUGUUGCACGCGUCCGACGACGAUGCAGUCUUCAUCGCGCGGUGGCGAAUAUGGGGCUCCCUCAGAAUGACAAAAUGCACCCCGACUACGAUCUGUGGGAGAAGGAGGACAAGGUGCCCAAACCUGGAGAGCACCCUGCUGUCCGCACAAAGGAGGAAGAGGCCUUGUUCAAGAAGGCUCUCGGAUCGAUGGAGUUGAUAUACAGCAUGAGUAACACGCCCGUGAUCGUCCUGGCCAUGGACGACGAGGUCGUUGCUGGUACAGAGUACUUCUCGCGAGGCUGGUGUUUCUUCGAGUUCUCUCUCGCAUUCAGCUUCGACAACAUUACGAACGCUUACAUCAGCCCCCCCGUGUGGUGGAUGUACGAGCGAGCUGCCGAGCUAGAAGUUGACACAGUCGAGGGCUUCAAAAAAGGCUUCGACAAGACCCACUUCACGAACAAGGGCGACGAGGACACUGUUUUAAACCUGUUCAAGCAGACUUUGAACAAGAAGGUGAGGGCUGCCUCUCUGGGUGCUGGUGAGCAGGCUUAGGAAAUCCGUGUGAACCUUGCAGAACGUCCAGCCUUGCAUCGCGAGAACGCCCAAAUUCGUCAAAAACCUUGGGGAAAUUAGUAAAUCGGGGGAAUUAGUAAAUCUACUUGCUGCCGCAUCUGCACCGACCCCGUCCCGUGCUUGCUUGCACUGAGGGCAAUCGUCAUGGAUGCACCUGC